AUGGCCAUAGCGAUUUCAAUAGCCUUCCCGACUACAUUUCAUCGAAUUUGCAUAUGGCACAUCACAUCAAAGUUCUCUGUUAAGUUACCACAUUCUGCUUAUAAGGAGUAUUGGCGUGAAUUUCAGAAAGCCAUAUGGGAUACUGACAAUAAGGAUGAGUUUGAUGCAAAAUGGAAUAUUGUGGUUACAAAGGCUGGUUUGACUGACCAUCCAUGGCUAAGUUCAAUGUUUGAUUUAAGGGAAUCUUGGGUUCCAGCCUACGCACGACAAUUUUUUGCAGCUGGAAUGUCAAGCAGCCAAAGAGCGGAAGGUUCUCAUGGUUUUUUCAAGCAAUACAUAUCAAGGAGAAAUUCGUUGAUGGAUUUCAUAAUACGAUUUGAUAGGGCACUUUCUCAUCAACGUGAAAAAGAGUUAGUUGCUGAUCACGUAGAUGCAUUUGAAGUGGCUGAAUGUCUUCUACCGAUGCCAAUGAACAAACAAAUGGCUACCUUGUACACAAGGACAAUAUUUCAAAAGUUUGAGCAAGAACUAAUACAAAGUACAACAUGUUUCCUAGAGCUCAAAACAGAGGAUGCUUGUAAAGUUGUGUUCAACGUGAGCGAAAGGCAAAAUUGGGAAACAAGAGUGGCAGAAGUCGUAUAUGUCAAAGAUUCUGACCACGCAUCGUGUAGCUGCAAAAGAUUUGAAUUUGUUGGAAUUAUUUGCAAGCACAUCCUAGCAUUGUUCAGAAGGGACCAGAUUGAAUAUAUGCCCGAUAAAUAUAUUUUGAAGAGGUGGAAGAAAACUGCGAAAUCUGGAUUGGUGUCAGAUGCAAAUGGCAACGAAAUUAAAGACUGUGCAGAUCCUGGCCUUCUAAUAAAGCGGAGUACAAUGUCUCGACUUGCUUCAGAUGUGGUUGAGGAUGCAUUAAUGAGUGAAGAAGGAUGUGAGCUACUGUCAGAGACUCUAAAAAGUUUGCAGGUGAAGUUGAAGUUGCUGAAGGAUGGACCAAGUAAUAACGAAGUUGGAGGGUCCAGCUCUCAAACACAAUAUAUGAAAGACCCUAAGAGAGUGAGGUGCAAAGGAAGGUCGAAAGGAGUAACGGGAGCAAAGGAAAAGGCAAUGAAGCGAGGGAUUAGACACUGUCGGGAGUGUGGACACAUUGGUCAUGAUAGAAGACAAUGCCCAACCUUGAACACACCGACAUCACCGUCGAACAAUGACGAAUCAACUCCAAUACAUCGUAGUGACCCAUUAUUCGACGAUUUUGACAGGAUGCACGGACCAACUGAAUGA